UUAAAACACUGACACUUAACAGAAAUUGAUUGCCGGCCCCAAAUCAUAGAGCAGAGCUGGGCUUCCCCGCGCCCUGGGUCUCCCGGUCUCCAAGAGAUUGAGGAGAGUGAUCAGGGCCGUAGGUGGAGCAAUUUGCGAAGGCCUCGGGGCGGAGCAGCGAGCUUUCAGCGGGAGAGGACUGAGUGGACAAGUUCCGCGGAACCUUUCCAGCCUGCGUCCAGAUGCUGCGCGUCCUGACCGGCGCCCUGAGCCUAACGCGACCCUGGAGUUCCCCUCGGGCCCGUGGCUGCGUCUCGGAUGUAACGGCCCGGGACCCGGAGAUCCAAGUACGCGCCCUGGCGGGUCCGGACGAAGGAAUCACCGAGGUUAUAAUGAACAGACCGCAUGCCCGCAAUGCCCUGGGAUACGUCUUCGUCAGUGAGCUGCUGGAAGCUCUGGCCCAGCUGCGGGAAGACCGGCAAGUGCGUGUCCUGCUCUUCAGAAGUGCAGUGAAGGGCGUGUUCUGUGCAGGUGCAGACCUGAAGGAGCGGGAGCAGAUGAAUGACGCCGAGGUGGGGGUCUGGGUGCAGCGGCUCCGAGGCCUGAUGAAUGAGAUUGCGGCCUUCCCUGCACCCACCAUUGCAGCUAUGGAUGGGACUGCCUUGGGUGGAGGCCUGGAACUUGCCCUGGCCUGCGACCUCCGAGUGGCAGCUUCCUCGGCUGUCAUGGGGCUGAUCGAGACCACCCGAGGGCUCCUCCCAGGAGCAGGAGGGACUCAGAGGCUGCCUCGAUGCCUGGGGGUGGCACUGGCAAAGGAGCUCAUCUUCACAGGCCGACGACUAAGCGGGGUGCAGGCCCAGGCCCUGGGGCUAGUGAAUCACGCUGUGGCCCAGAACGAGGAGGGCAAUGCAGCCUACCACCGGGCACGAGAACUGGCCCAGGAGAUCCUGCCCCAGGCCCCCAUUGCUGUGCGGCUGGGCAAAGUAGCCAUUGACCGAGGAAUGGAGAACAUUCCCACCCGGGACCGGCUAGAGGGCAUGGCAGCCUUCAGGGAGAAACGACCCCCAAGAUUUGUGGGCGAGUGACUCCUAUUGAACCUCUAGCAUGGGAGAUGCACACCUUUAAGUGCAGGAUCCAGAACGAAAACUUGCAGUGUGACCGCCCUCAUUUCACGUCUCUGGGCUUCAGUUUCCUCACAAGGACAAUGAUGGAUAUAAAAUGACUGAUACGGUGCCUGAUACUAAGGUGCUGACCACACCAGCUUCUGCUCCCUUCAUCAUUCUCCACCCCGGCUAGAUCGUCACUGGGGUCAGGUUUGCUUGGAGAAUGCCUAUCUUUCCCUAUGGACUCCUCUGGGCUUUUGUAUUGUUGGCUCUCAGGCCUGAUUGCUGCCUCCAAGUUAUCAGAUGCUCACCAGAAAUGGCGAGAGGUUGUAAGAAUUACACUCCACCCACCCCAGUUUCUAACUGUACAGUAGGGAACAUAAAGGAAGCCUAUUAGGUGAGUAGGUGCCUUGAAUCAGACUGCAGAUUCCAGCUUUCUGCCAGUUACUCACUGUGUGCCUCAGUUUCCUCAUCUUCAAAAUGAAACUGUUGUGAGGAUAUUUUAAAAAUAAAUAAAAUGCCUCAUGUUC